AUGAAACCAUCCCUCGAAGCUCUGCUUUCGGAAACCUGUCCUAGUAAGAUCUUCUCCUCUUCUCUCGUAAGGCUUCUCAACUUCUUCCUUGCCGCUUUUCCUCCAUGUCUCGUCAUGUACGUUGAUCCUUGUGGUGGAGCUGAUCUCGGGAAACUCGUGAUUAGGAGGGCUGGUGACACAACUCCCCUGGAAAAGAAGGUGCCUCUUAAGGAGAUUGGAACGAUAGGGUCAUCCAAUGGAUGGCUAACUACUUUGAAGGACGGGGUGGUUGGUCUCCAAGAGGUCGAUCUAAGCCCGGAUACAUAUCCCAAACGCAUUCCCCUGCCUCCUCUUGUAACUCUGCCUCAUUGCCAAACCCAAAUUGUCACCAACGUGGUCAUGUCUUCAUCUUCUCCUGAGGAUGACGAAUGUGUUGUGGCUGUCAAGUUCUUGGGACCUCAAGUAAGCUUUUGCAGACCCGCUCAGAGAAACUCCGAGUGGAUCAACAUCAGAAUCGCAAGCCCUUGCUUCUUCUCCUCCCCUGUUAUGUUUUCCAAGAAAGAUAACAUGUUUCGCGUACCCGGCUCUGGAGGCCACCUCAUCUGCUCGUGGGAUCUCCGCACACAAAUGAACACAACCAAGUUUCAGAGGUUUCGGUUCAAAAGAUUCCCAAUCUGA